UCUUCUCCUCUCCUCUCCUCACAAGACGUAGCGUUCACUCGCCGAAAACCCAAAUCAUGUCAGAUACACUUCGAAGUGGUAACUCCGCCGCAGCACAGUCGCGUCCCAGCCGACUCCAGCGGAGGAGACCGGCGUCCUUGCAGAUCAGCCCGGCUUCUUCUUCUAGCUGGAACGCUGCGAUUCCUCUUCUUUCUCCGCUUAUCACGUCGCCUACUGCGAUGGAUAUGAAGUCUCGGGACGAUCCGCCCUCACCGCCGAGGAUUCAGGUAACGGAGGGGGAGAAGCCAGUGGUGUUCAAGAAGUGGCAGCAUCCGGCGGCUCCUUUUUGUUACGAGCUGGCUCCGUUUAAGCCAUCGUUUUUUGUGCCUGUAUAGAUUUAGAAACUGGAAUGGAUUUUGAUUAGUUAUCAGAUAAUAGAAGUUUUAGUUAGUUUAGGUUUUUUUUUUUUUUCUGGCAUCUAAUUAUACAAACAUCCUUGUUAAUAUCUUCCUAACAGCUUUUUGGGUUUAUUUUACACAACAAAGUAACGGUAUUGUGUAUAA